AUGUCUCAAGAAUCUUUUUCAUCUUAUUCUUCUCAAAAAUUUUUGGUUCAAGUUUUUUCACAUCAACAACCUUUAGUUCAACAAUCUGCUCAACAAUCUACUGCUCAACACUUUACUGCUCAACAAUUCAUUUCUCAACAAUCUACUGCUCAACAAUUUACUGCUCAACAAUUCAUUUCUCAACAAUCUGCUUCUCAACAAUUUGCUUCUCAACAAUCUGCUUUCCAACA